UAAUUAUCCAGUUUUGGAAACCAAAUAUUCCCUUGUGGGUUUGUAGGUUACACUAGUCGCAGACUUAGCAACAAUCGUUGCACCAGGUUAUGCUCACGGUGGCUUUUAGAGCUUGCAAGCGCGGAACGCUAUUACUCCGCCUAAAUUCUGGGUGCACAUGACUGGACUUCACUUAACAACUUUGACCUGUAUACGCGAGCGUGGUGCACUGCCUGUGGCCUGUCCAUUGAAGCGAAGGAAUUCCGGUGGAACUAGUUGUUAGAGCGCAGCACGACUUCCAAGGCCGUAUCUCCAGACUUCUUUCUCCCAGAGAAGAGGACUUGGUUAACAGUGGAAAAUAGCAGAGGUGCCGGUGGACGCUUUUGCACAGCGAGGUGCCGACGGCUUUUAGCCAGCGCGUUAAAGCACCACCUUCCGUGCCGACAAAAUGAGUGCUCCUAGGAGCAGAAAGGAUGAAGUUGCAGCCGUAACGGCUGAUGAGUUGCGUAGUCAGCUCAUUAUUAAGAAAAUGGUCGGCAGAGGCGGCUUUGCAGCGGUCUUCCUUGGCACAUACAAAGGACAAGAGGUUGCGGUAAAAGUGAUUCUGGCGGAACAUGUGACCACUAAGGAUAGCGUCCAAGUAAAAUGUUUUCUGCGCGAAGGACAGUACAUGGCUCGGUGUACGCACAGGAGCAUCGUCAAGUGCCAUGCGGUGUGCCAGCUGCCCGCGGACUUCCCGGGCAUUGAGAAGCUGGGCCACACCAGCAGCACCUGGGCCCUGGUGCUCGAGUACAUCGAGGGCGGCUCGCUGGCCAACCUGCUGAAGCAGCAGAUGUCUCAGACCAGCCGCGUGUACAACGACUACCAAGCCUACUGCUGGGCCCUCGAUGUGGCGGAGGCGCUCAGCUACCUGCACAACGCACCCAGACCGGUGAUGCACCGCGACGUGAAGGCUGACAACGUGCUGCUGACGGUGGACGAGGAGAGCGGCAGGCCCUCCGCCAGGCUCAUGGACUUUGGGCUCAUGUCGGCUCUUGACGGCAACAAGAACCCCAUGCUGCGGCGGCGGAGCGUCAGCAUGGGCACCGGGGAUGGUGCCGGGCGCGGCGGCGGCCUGGGUCGGGUGUCGGUGGGGGCGGGCGGCGGGGGCGGUCGCAGCCUGGCAGCACCCAGCGUGGCCACCUACUAUGCGGAUACCACACAUGAAGGAGGCAAGAUCUUCUACCUCAUGGAGGAGCUCCCCGCCACCGCCGCAGCAGCACUGGCGGGCGGCCCCGGCGCCACCCGCCGCACCUCCAUGGACAUGGGCGCACUCAACGCCAGCGCCACGGCGGCCGCCAACGCAGCCAUCGCCAGCGCCGCCGCGGCCGCAGCUGCCGGCGGCGGCGGCAGCAUGAGCGCAGCCACCAACGGUAGCCUGGCUAGCCGCGGGAACAGCUUUGACACGGCGGGGGGUACGGCAGGGGGAGCCAAGGGAGGCCGAGGUGGGGGAGCUGGCGCCGGCGCAGCGGGCAUGCUGGUUCCGUUGAAUGAGGAGGCGUCGUACCACGGCAACACGGCGGGCUAUGUGGCCAUGCUGCAGCACCAACAGGAGGAGCGGCAGAAGCAGCGGGCGGCGGCGGCAGCGGCAGCCGCGGCGGCAGCCCGGGAGGGUGUGUUGGGGGGUGGUGGCAGCGCCAACACCAGCCUGAGCGGGGGGCUGGGUGGCGGCAGCGGCAGCAUGACGGGCGGCCGCAACAGUGCGCGCUCCACGGGAGCUGGGGACCGCAACUCGCCGGGAGGGGUCAGCCCGGGGGACAGCGGGAGGUGGCCGGCCGACACUGUUACCGCGGCGGCGGUACGACUGAGCAUGGUGACCGAGGAGGCCCCUAACGCCCCGCCAACCAACCCACCAACCGCCAACGGUGGCGGCGACGCCGCCAUUGCCCUGGCUGUCGCAGCGGCGGCGGCGUCCCCCGGAUCGGGUCCCAGCAGCGGCCGGCCUCCCUCGCUGCUGCCGCCCAUUCGGAUGCGCUCGUUGUCGGGUCAGGACGGUUCCCUGGUGCGGCUGUCGGCGCCCGUGCAGGCGGCCGCGCUGCAAGAGCCUCUGCAAGCCUCCGGCUCCGAUAUCAUGCCGCUAGACACCCCCACACAGUCCGAACAACAACAACAAUCCCAACCACAGACGGCUGCAGCCGCCACCCCGCUCGCAGCAACCUCAGCACCCAUCAUCGCAGUCGCCAAGACCCCGGAUGCUGUCGCCGCCGUCGCCGAUACCAGCAACGGCAUGUUGGCAUCGACGUCAGCGGCGCCGGCGCCACUGACGCCGUCUCGUCGUACCAGCAGCGACGCGGUACCCAUUGUAGACGUGGUGGGAGGGCGCCCGGGCUCCGCCGGCGCUGGGGACCCGGCGGCGGUUGCGUUGGGUCGCCGGAGUCGUCUGAUUGCCGCCGGCGCCGCCGCGUCAUCCUCGUCAGCACCCUCCAGCAGUGCACAGGUGCCUCCCAUGACGCCGCUGACGGGAGGUCUGUCGGCGCCGCUGGGUAAUGGCGGCGGCGGCGCUGACGGAGGCCUCGGCGGUACGACACCCCCUGACGGCGGCUCCUCCGCCGCUGCGUUGAUGAUGACUGAGCGGCAAAAGUCGGCGGGGUUGGUUCGCAUUGGUGCGGUUGGGGGUGUCGCGAAUGGCAGUAUGACCGGAGGCGCGGUGGGGGCCAGCCGCGGCGGUGGCGGUGGCGGCAAGGGUCUUGGUACGACGUCAAUUACGACGUUGUUGCAGGGUCGGUACGAGCAGGACUUCCAAUGGGUGUGGCGACUCACCGGGCAGACCGGCUCCUGCAUGUACAUGGCUCCCGAGGUGUACCGCAAUCUGCCGUACAACGAGAAGGUUGACGUCUUCAGCUUCGGAGUGCUGCUGUACGAGAUCUUCUCACGGCAGCUCACUCUCAUCUUUGGGCUCAAUCUGCGGGAGCUGCGGCUGCAGGGCCAAGACACCCCUGAGGGCUACGCCUCCCAUGUGGCGAACGGCUACCGCCCGCCCCGACCGCAAGCCAUGCCCGAGCCGCUGUACGAGCUGAUCAGCGCCUGCUGGGCGGAGGACCCCUGCGCGCGACCCAACAUGACGGACGUGGUGGAGAGCCUGCGACUGCUGCAGGACCAGUUUGCGGCCGAGCCGCCCAAACCCGUGGCGGCGUGCGGCUGCGUGAUGAGCUGAAAGGAGGAGGAGAAACGGGGAGAGGCGAAGAGAGGAAGGGGAGGGGGAGAUGGUGGUGGAGGAAGGUUUGUUUGGAAGACUUGGGAAGGAGGUGAGGCGUGGAAGGUACCUGGGAUGUCAAACUGCGGCUUGAGGUGGGGAACAAAAAUUAGCUAACUGUAUGGCUUCACCAUGGGUUGCUACUUGAACCCGGUCAGGCCGGGUGCUUAGGAGGAGGAGUUAUGAUCUCCGGAUUGGGGUUCAGCAAGUGCAGGGCACGAUAGUAACGAGCGUUGAGGGAAUUGCGAGUUUGCCGAUUGCAUACAUAAACAUGCAGCAAACAAGUAAUAGGGGAGGAGACUGAUGGGCCGGGCUGGGUUGGGCGCGCUGUUGCUGAUAUCGUAUGGCUUUAUUAUGGCGGCGUGUUAUUCGUUCAUGCGGUGCCUAAGCGACGUACUUAUGCCGCCCGGUGAGAUGCACCAUAACAUGACACUUCAGUCCGUGCUAGCUGCCUCCGCUGCUGCUGCUGCUAGCUGCUGCUAGCUGCCUCCGCUGCUCCAGUGGGAGGCGCCUUUCAUUACAGCGUUCAUGCGUGUUCACACGGGCAGGUGCGCGGUGUUGUGUUUGCCGCAACCGGACAACGAGGCAGUAAUGUCGCCCGGGCGGCUAGAAGGUAGUAGCCAAAUGUCGCCACCAACCCCGCUGCUAGCACACAUGUGAUGACACCACCAGGCGUCGUACGAUUGCAUCAUAUAUUCUGACCUUUUGUACGACAUGUCAUGACAUCGCCGUACAUUUUGCGUGAUGCCGUGCAACUAUUAUUCGAUGGUGGCUAUCAUACACAUUGCCGAGAGGUGUUUUUUAUUGCUUGCCAGCGUGCGGCGCGCGGCCUGACCGUCCGACGGUAUAUUCGGCUCUGUCGUGCUGUUGGUUGGUGCGCGAGCUGUGACCAGAGGGCAAUUGCGAGCAUGACAGGCCGACGUAUCGAUGCCUUGACUUUACAGGCUUUCAGUGCUAGUUUAUGGUUCUUACGUGUCAUCUGCUGCGCCCUCUACUAAAUCGCGUCGUGUCGCGCUCCCGUACAAGCUGUUAAGCUUAUCUGGGGCAUCAUCUGUGUCGGGUUGGAGUUGUUUGCGACCUGACAUCCAAAGAUCCAAAGAUUUGUGGUCCUGUUGCUUCCCGUUGUUUUUGCUGCGUGUGGCUCCUGUUGCGUCGUUCGCGCCGCAACUGUGCUGUUACAAAACCUGACUGUCUUCCCCCUUCAUUAAUAAAGGAAGCGACGAAAGCGAUUUGUCACCAUGCUGUAAUCGGAGGUGCACGGGAGCGGUGUGAUGGAUGUAAUGGAUGUAAUGGAUGUGUGUCACAGCCCCGCAUGUACCCACCUCUGCUUGGCUUGACGUUUGGCUGUGACAAUCCGGGCAACCCCCCGCGCCAUCCACCCGACGGCCCCACGGAGAAACGUCUUGGGGCCACAGAAGGGCGUAAAUGAAGGAUAUUGGAGUCAAAAUGGGCUCAAACAACGAAGGAAAGAAAGCGAUGAAGGGGGGCCCUAUGUGCUCUUGUGCGUAUAUCAGUUAAAACUUUGCUUAUAUUAGCAACUAAGGGGUGAAUCAAAAUCUUACUACUUGUAGGGUUGCAGGUUCGAUCCCUACGCCGGGGGGUGUCGCGGCCCCCUGUCACCCGAGCGGGGGCUGAUGGCUGGAAGUGUCGCAUGAUUCUGCCGGUCUAGAUCACCUGCGUCGAUGGUGUGUCCUCUCUGAGCCCACAGUCGACAGCGGCACCUUCCUGAUGGGAGGUUGUCGUGGUUGAUGAUUAGCCCGGUACAGCGUGAGGCAGGAAACUGAGCAGCGAAAACGGGCAGCUGCGGGCGGCAGAAGGAUAGCAUACCUGAGUGGGCGGCUAGGCC